AAAUGCAUGCUAAAGAGCAAUCCAUUUGAUGAAAAUCGAAGGAUUAGCAUUGCUCAUCAUUAAGUGCAUUAAAGAAGAGCAAAUAAAAAGAGGAAACGACAGUUUUUGCUCAAAGCACAUUGUUGAGAUUUUUAUUAGAUGCAGAAACUUUUAAAAACUUUUGAAUUAAGUUGGCAUUGUUUACUUCAAACUUAGUAGAAAAUUUUUGACAUUUUACAGAAGUUUUAACUUAUUUAUAAACUUUUUUCAAACUUGUUGGAAUUGUAUUAUUAAAAUCCUCUCUAAGAUUCAAAUUAAAGACUUUUAUAAUUCUUUUACUUUCAAAAUAAUUGAUUUUAUCAUGGAUUCUGAAAAUAAAACUUUUUAUUUUGCCAAUGGUGGUUUGUGGUUAUAGAUCAUAAAGUUUUUAAAAUUUCUUCGGAUCAAAUAUUAAAGGUUACCAAUGCUGCUUCAAAAGAAAGACCAAAACAAUGACGGUGUGAUGCCAACGCAAUCUACCUUUGAUCGGGAUGAUGAGCCGUUACAGUACUCCAUAACAACAUUGUACGCGGAUCCUCUUCCGUACCCGUCAGGCACAAACAUCUAUGAACAAGCAGCUAAUUUUAACUCUUUUGCUGAACCACUUCUAACUAAUAAUAAUGUUUACUCCGCCAAUAUGCAACCACCACCUUACACACCUUUAGACGAAAAUAAAAUGUACCCAUCAGCACCUUCAUAUGAAUAUGCUAUUAGCUAUCCAAACACACAUCAAGAAUUUCAAGAACAACGUCAGAAGGAAAAAGAUGACCUUGAUUUAUUUAAAUAUACUGCACCUUGCAAGAAAACUGCCUCAAUGGUUAUAGUAAUUAUCGGGAUUUUAAUUGUUAUUGUUUUCAUUAUUUUAUUGGUACUUGGAAAACUUUAAUCCGUCGACAGGUUUAUGUAAUGAAAAAAACGUAAAAUUAUUUGCAAGAUUAAAGAAGCUAAAUUUCA